AUGAAAAAAUCGAAGGUUCUUCUUUUCUUUUACUUAAUGAAAAUGAUUUAAAAAGUAUGGGAUUGAAGAUGGGUCCAGUAAAAAAAAUUUUUAAAUUUAUCCAAGAUUGUUCUUCUUCUCAGAUACAACCAUCUCAAGUAGAUGGAACAUAUGAAGUAGCAGAAAAUGGAGAAAUAAUAUUCUCUUCAGAUUUGCCUAUGGAAUUAGGAACUUCUAUAAAAAUGAAUGUUGAAAGUCCAUCUUCCAGUAGUAAUGCUUCUUCAUCUAUAUCAGCUAUUUCUAGUAAAAAUAAGGAAUCUACAAUAUCCAAAAAUAAUUUUUCGCGUUUCAAAACAAUUCAUGAGACUCUUUUGAAGCAUCCUCAAGGUACUAACAUUUUGAAAGCCAUAAAUGGCAUAUUCACAGAAGAUGAUAGACAAAGCCUCGUGAGGAUUUUAACAUCCGAGUUAGUAAAAGUUCAUGGAGAUAAUUAUUAUCCACCUGAAGAAGCUAAAAUAGCCCUCGCUGAAAAUAUCGUAAAAGAAUUUCCAAAAUUACGAGACUGUGAAGCAAAAAAAGGACAUGAACUUUAUUAUGAUUCAGUUACAAAGAGAGGCUUCAUUGAAUAUCGUCUUUGGACGAUGAGAAAACAUAUUUCACCUACCAAGAAAAAAUAUAUUCAGGCAGCAAUGAAAAGACGAAAUGUAAAUAAAAUAUUGUUUUCUGAAGAAAAUUCAGAUGAGGAACAUAAUGGUUUACUUCCUGAAAAUUUGUAUAAAGAAAAGAUUUCAUGGAUGAAAUUUAAAAUGCCGUCAAAUGCCAAUAAGUCUUCUAUAUCCGAAUGUAUGAGUAUUACAAUGAAUAACCGGAGAAAAUGGAUUAUGGAAAAUGCCGUUUCAAUAGAUGAAAUAUGUGAUGAAUUUCCUCGAUUAACUGAUUAUUCUGGGGAGAUGAAGAACAUUAUUGAUAAAAGAGAACAUGGUGAAAUGUAUACUGCAACAUUUCCAAAUCCUUCUUUACUACAGAUAUGGCCUGAAGGAACAAACAUAGAGGCCCAAACUGAGAAACUUAGAAGUGAAUCCAAAGGUCCUAUUCAGCCCUAUAUUAUUUUAAUCAAAGGACAAUCUACACAAUAUUUUAUUCAGGCUGAUAAUCGCACUCUAACUUUGAACAAUAACUCGCCUAUUAUGGCACUUGAUUUGUUGUUUAAAACAUAUUAUGUUUUCGAUUUGUUAAUUGGCUUUAUUCUAUAA